AUGGUGGUGGUUCUGAUUACUGGUGGUGAUGGUGGUGUUGAUGAUGGUGGUGGUGAGGAUGGUGUUGAUGAUGGUGGUGGUUCUGAUACUGGUGAUGGUGGUGUCGAUGAUGGUUGUGGUGAUGGUGGUGUUGAUAAUAGUGGUGGUUCUGAUACUGGUGGUGAUGGUGGUGUUGAUGAUGGUGGUGAUGCUGGUGGUAGACGUGAUUGUGAUCGUACCGGUGGCGGUAGUAGUAGUAGUAGUAGCAGUUGUUGUUGUUGUGGCAGUAGUAGUUGUGAUUGUCAUAGUGGUGAUUAUGAUACUGGUGGUGAUGGUGUUGAUGAUGGUGGUGGUUCUGAUACUUGUGGUGGUGGUGAUGUUGAUGAUGGUGGUGGUGAUGGUGGUGUUGAUGAUAGUGGUGGUUCUGAUACUGGUGGUGAUGGUGGUGUUGAUGAUGGUGGUGAUGCUGGUGGUAGACGUGAUUGUGAUCGUACCGGUGGCGGUAGUAGUAGUAGUAGUAGUAGUAGUAGCAGUUGUUGUUGUUGUGGCAGUAGUAGUUGUGAUUGUCAUAGUGGUGAUUAUGAUACUGGUGGUGAUGGUGUUGAUGAUGGUGGUGGUUCUGAUACUGGUGGUGGUGGUGGUGUUGAUGAUAGUGGUGGUUCUGAUACUGGUGGUGAUGGUGGUGUUGAUGAUGGUGGUGAUGCUGGUGGUAGACGUGAUUGUGAUCUCUUCAUCCGCCUGGUCGUCUGUCCGGCUGGUGUCGUCUCUUCGGCAAUCACGGAGUCGACUUCUCUCUCGAAUCCCGAUGCUUCCGGAUCUGAUUACAGUCCCCUGAUACCCCUCGCCUCGGGGCCCCGCUCCGACGGAGUUGGGCUGCGUCCGACCGUUCCGACUCAGUGGUCUAAACGUGAGACCGUCUCAAGCUUCAUCGUCGGGCAAUCCGUCAUCGCGCUGCUCUUAUGA